ACAUGUUUUUCGCACAACUGGGCUUGACACCAUGGCUUCCGAAUACACGUACACGUUCUUUCGCAUUUCGCAGACCGAACAGCUCGCGGCUUCUGCUGCUCAAUAUCGCAAGCUCCGCUUAAAGGCACUGACCACAUCUCCCGACUCAUUCUCCUCGACGUACGAAAUCGAGUCAGGCUUCGGCGACAAAGUUUGGGAACAACGCCUUUCUGAUAAGGGGAAAGAAACCUUCAUAUGCGCCGGUUCUCAUACCGGUUCCGGUAUCACCGAAUGGGUUGGGCAAGUUACGCUGCGCGGACCACUGGCCCAAGCUGAGUAUGACCUGCCCGAAGAAUCAGGUCAGCCGCUCGCGGAUCCAGACGCGCAUACAGAGCAGUGGCAGAUGCUCAGCUUGUACAACCUUCCGGAGCACCGCGGCCACGGCUUAGGGAAGAGGCUUUGCCUGGAGGCACUACGUUACCUCGAGCUGGAGAGGCCUGUUUCGAGCUCCAUGGUGCGACUCAUGGUCAAGCCACAAAAUGCCGUCACCGUUGGUUUGUACAAGAGUCUUGGUUUUGAGGAGGUGGGCCGUUGCACACUCGCGGAAGCUCUCAUAGCCAACGGUGAUGCGAAACUGCUGCCCGGAGAUUACGCGACUCGGAGCGAAUAUACUACUCGAGGAGGAAUCAUCAUGACUCGUCUAGUUCCAGAGCAGAAAGGCGAGGCUUAGGAUGAGCCUCGUGUGAGAUUUCGCUACGGGCUUUAUAGAGAUGCGGCUUGUGCCAGUUGGUAGAGGGCAAACUCAGUACUAGAUAAACAUACACAACUUGAUUGUGUCAGCCUUCCCACAGGGCAAGCGAAGACCUAGGUCUAGCUUCAACAUUUGUAUCGACAACAAUAACAAAUACCUAAUAACCUAUAG